UUAAACAUGGCGAGUACUACACUGUUGUUGAUUUGUUUGGCUGUGGGCGUAGGAUUGGACAAUGGACAAGAUAUUUCAGCUAUACCCUCGGAGAAAGUUAUUCGGUUCCUACAUUCUCUUAGCGGGUUCUUCUCCGGAGAAAGGCAGCUGUCAGAGGAGAAAGAGAAAAACAGUCUCCACCAACAUUCUCUAGUUGAAGUGUACUACAUUCCAAUAGAUGUUCAAAUAUUUCAUCCAAUCCCAACCUUCUACAUGCAGCAGUUUGUCAACAAAGUGACAACCAAACGACACAUUGUGACAGUGACAGAAGAUGACGACGGCCUGAUCCACGUGACACCCUACAACGUCACCGUUGAUGUCAGCUUUCACAGAAAUGGCAGCCUGGAUCAUGACGGUGUGUACAGACUGAGACGUAAAGAUGUGUCCACCCACCCGAAUUGUGUGGCCGUCUAUGCUGAGAUGGAGCACGCUGUGUUCUUUGGGUCAUGGCCGGACUGUGAAAUCAGCCUCGAUCUGGACAACCCAAAGUACAGCAACCUCUUGACCUGCCACUACACGUCAUCCCUCGUGUCACACCCUGGGGCCAAAGAAGGCGCCAACCCGGUUCCUUUUGUUGCCAAUAAGGCGCACCGAGAGUUACUUCCCUACAUGAUGUACGGUAGACCAAACUUGGAAUCGUCCUGUGGUCCAACACCCCCUGGGCGGAAAAUAGAAUGGCCCUCUACAUAAGCUUUAUGCACCAAGGCUUCAGAAGCUGGCUAUUAAAUUGUAUUAAAUUAUAUCAAAACUU